AAGUUUUCGGGGUGUAAACAUAAAUGUUAAAAUAUGUCAAAGUUGAGGUCCAAAAGGGCAAAAGGGUGUAUCGUAAUUAAGUCUUUUCUGGUGGCUAAAGCGUCACGGAACAGAAGAAUCGAGAAGAGCCAGCCGGCCGCUGAAUUAUCAACCUUGAAUCGGAAUCCAUGGCUGUGCAAGCCGGCGUUCAGACCUCCAAAGUUCUCAUCUUACUCGGCGCAGGUGUCUCUGGUUCGAUCGUGCUGAGACAUGGGAGGUUGUCUGACCUAAUAGCGCAGCUUCAAGAAUUACUCAAAGGAGCUGAAGGAGUUGAAAGCACACCUUAUAGUUAUAAGUAUGACAGUGCCGCCCUAGCUGCUCAGAUUCGGCAGCUCGCAAAUGAAAUCAAAGAGCUAAGUAUGAUUAAUCCAGUUACCAUAUUUAACGGAGAUUCAAACAACAGUGGCUAUGCUUCUUACCUGGCUCCAGCGGCCGCUGUUGGAGCUAUGGGAUACUGUUACAUGUGGUGGAAGGGUUGGUCAUUUUCUGAUGCAAUGUUCGUGACAAAGAAAAAUAUGGCUAAUGCAGUUGAAUCUUUUUCAAAACAACUAAACGACUUGUCAGAAACACUAGCGUCAACAAAGAAACAUCUUUCUAAGGAGCUAGCCAAAUUGGAUUGGAAGGUGGAAGAACAGACCGAUAUAUCUAAAAUGAUUUUAAGUGAUGUAACAGCCGUGAAAUCAAGCAUUUCACAACUUGGAUAUGACUUUCAACAAAUUAAUGAAAUGAUAUCUGGAAUAGAAGGGAAGAUUGACAGUCUUGAAAGCAAACAAGAUGUGACCCUCUCAGGACUAUGGCAUUUAUGUCAAAUUGCAGGAGUUAAAGACAAUCCAGCUACUAAAGUCUUUCAGGAUGUUGGUACGAAAUUACCUAUUGAUGCAAAACCAUCAUCUAGCAAUUCUCUAUCGGGUCUGAGGUUCCUAACAGAAGGAGAGGAGGGUGUGAACGUGGUACACAACAAGCCUGUAUUGGAGAAAGAAAGCCCGUUGGUGGUGAAACCAGUGGAGGAGAAAACAAAACCUGCCGUGGUGACAAGAAGCAGAGUCCACAGAGCGUUUCCCGGUGGAAUAUCUUGGGUACAAGACCUUACCAGACAAUCAUAAACUAUAUUUUUUUUUGGGGUGGAGGGGGGUUGUUUUACAAAGAAUUUACUUUAUAUGGUCCCAACUUGUGAUACUGAUACUGGGACUGGGGCAAUUAUUUAUCUGUAAGUAAGUAAACUAUACACAUAUUGCAUUCAUCAACAGUUUGUGUUGCCCUUAUUGUUUGUGAAAGAUAAGAGUGUGAAAAAUGCUUUCACCUAUGUUUGAAUGAGAAUAAAAUGAUACAUGGAUUUGUUCUAA